GAAACGCACAUGUGUGAAGGCUUGGGACAUGGAGUCUCGUGGCUUAUUCAUGUGCAUUAAAUACUAGUUUAUUCAGGCAAAGUGCAUUUGAUGAGGUUUUAGAUUGGCGAAAGUAGGGUCGGUAGGCCUAAUGCACCAUGACUUCAAAAAAGAAGCUGGUAGCUGAGGGGAAGCAAAGACUCAAUGAGAAGCUAGCAUCUGUAGAAGAACAAGCAGCCUAUAUGCACAAGUUCAUAGACGAUAUUAUUUCAAAGCCUACUUCAGAUGCUCGUCAUCUAAUAACAGAAAAUGAUAAGAAAUCAUUCUUGAGGCAUUACUCUGAAACAAACCAAGAAUUGGAGAGAUGUCUGGACAAAAUGUACCUUAUCAGAGCCUCUUUGCCUGCACUACUCAGCAAUGAUGCAGAUUCUGAUUGUACCGAUGAAGAAGAUUCUGCAUCAGAAAAGUCUGAACAGCGUUUAAUUGACCAAAGCAAACCAGUUGUUCUCAAGCCAAAUGAAAGAAUGCUAGGUAAAGGGAAGAUAUCAUAUAGCGAUGAUGUUACAUCUACAGAGCGUGGCAUUAGUUGUCCAGGCAGCAUUGUUCACAGAGAGAGCAAAAUAUUAAAAGGUGUUUCAGAAACCAAACGACAUCCUUCCAUUAAGGAUGACCAAUCCAGUGUAUUAUCCUUGAAAGAUGAAAGAUUUGAAGAUGUACAAAAAUGCACUGGCAAAGCUGCUGUAGAAAGUAGUCAAUACAUGCAAGAUACACCUGCACAGGUUGCAGAGAAUCCUAAGCCAUUGGUGUUAAGCUCAUCCACCAACACCAGUAACCUGUUUGGAGGAUCAACCCAACAGCAGGACAGAGUCGACAGUUGUCAGUCGGUCACAAACUCAUCAGACUUUGUCCAUGGAAUGAAAUACCAGCCAGACGCCAUCUCUAGACUUCUUCAACAAUCUGCCAUGCAGCCAAGAAUACCAAACACCACAUUUGCUGAUGACACUGUUCUUGAUGUGUUAGUGACCGAGGUGAUCUCACCAUCCAUAUUCUGGAUUCAACCAGUUUCCUCUCCACUAGCAAAUUUAAUGCAUCAAAUAAGCCAGGCAUAUUCAGAGGGCAGUGGUCAGAUGCUGACGAUUCCUGUGAUUGGUAUGGCGUGCUGCUCCUGUUUUACCCAAGACAAUUGCUGGUACAGGGCCCGGAUUAUUGAUAUCUUUCCAUCAGGAAGCAGGUCAGAGGUCGAAGUCAAGGUAGUAUAUGUUGAUUAUGGAAACUGUGAGAGGCUACCACUAAGCAGGCUUCGCUACUUACUGCCAGAGCUGGCUGUCCUACCAGCACAAGCUGUGUGUGCUGGGCUAUCAAGGGUGAAACCACCAGGCAUACAGACGUGGACUCAUGAGCAGACACUGUUUUUCGUCAAACUAGUUGUCAAUCAGACACUUACGGCAAAAGUUACAGUUCGUUCCGGUACCCGAGCUCCAUUGGUGGACCUGACAUAUAACGUCAUGGCUAACCAGGCUGGUACCAUGCCAUUUUCAGAAGGAGAAACUUCACCAAAAAUAAAGGUUAAUGUCGCUGACUUGAUGAUUGAAAAUAAACACGCUGCCCCCCUUAUCCAGAAUGUUCCACAAACAACUGUUCAACAAAAAAGUGAAAAUCCGACAUAUAUAGAACCUCCUGUAUCGCAUGACAGUCUGUCAAGUCAUUCAGUGACUGCGCAUAAAGAACCAGUGAUCCAAAAUCCAAUUUCAAGAGCGAAGCAAAUCUGUGAGAGGUUGAAGCAAGAUAAGGAGGCCAGGGUCCAUGAUUCGAAUGAGGCCAGUACACUAAUCAGUACUAAUGUAAAGGAUCAAAUAUCCAAGUUGUCAAGAUCAUCAAGUGGUGUGUCUUCAGCCACAAACCUCAGUUGCUCUAAAGUAUCUCCAGAAAUAAACCAGGCAAGCCAUCAGAAGGAUCUGGGCUCAAGUGUUGGAAACACAAGAGCAACCAGCAAUAGACCAGUAAUUGGAACCAAGAACUCAAAUAAGGUUCCAAACAUACCAAGAAUGAAUAUCAGAAUUAAUGAUGAAGCUAUUACAAAGGUUGAAGUUCAAAGUGUCAAAAAGGGUCGAGGAAGAGGUCGUGGGAAGCAUCAAAGAUCAACUAGAUCAAUUUCAGAUGCUUCUUCAGAGGAUAGCAUUCCAGGUGGACUAACAGCAAAGAGGGAUAACACUCCCAGAACUCCAUCUUUUCAAAAGGAUGAUGUCAUUGAGAAAAGGGUGGUAACCAAAGAAUUGAAUGUUAAAUCUACAGAAAUUCCGUCCCUUCCUUCAAGCAAAAGUUCAUCAUCACCAAGUCAUGAGUCAUUAACAAAGCCAAUUGUUGUCAAACCAGUUAACGAAUUAACAUCCUUGCCAGAGAGAAAGCUGAAGUUUGAUGCAAAUGGCUGUAUUGAUAUAGCAGUCUCUUACGUCAUUAGUCCCACCGAGUUUUACUCUCAUAUCAUUAGCAGUGAUGCUUGUAAGUUGGAUUACUUGAUGAAUGAGCUUAAUGAUCACUUUGCGACUAGUUCGUGUAAGGAUUCUGAUGACAACUUCAAGGUGACAGUUGGAAGCAUCUGCAGUGCAAAAUUUUCAAAAGACAAGUUGUGGUAUCGGGUUAAGGUACUAGAAACAGAAACAGCAACAGAUUCAUCAGUGACGUUUGCUCACAUUCACUAUGUGGAUUUUGGAAACAAAGAAUGGAUUCCACUGUGUGACCUUCGAAGACUACCAUCUUGGUUCUUUGAUCUACCAGCCCAGGUGAUUAGAUGUUCUCUUGCUCAUGUUUCUCCAAAGAAGAGGAAGAAGGAGGUGACAGAGGAUGCCUUGAAAGAAGAUGUUUGGUCAGUUGCGGAUAUUGAAAAAUUUGUUGAACUCGCAGGGUAUCUUCAUAGGCUGACAGCUAAAGUGAUAACUACCGAUGAGAAACCAAAUGGGCAAGCGUACAAUAUGAUAGUAAGUAGUAUUAUCAACGGCAAACAGACAUGUAUCAAUGAAAGGUUGGUGACCUUGGGUCAUGCUGAUUCAGAAGUGUUUAACGCACAAUUUGAUGGUCCUGUUGUCAAGAUAGACUGCAGUGAUAUAGUAGAUAGUCCGAAAACGUCCAGCCAGACCACUUCACCUAAGAGCCUGCCUUCAGACACGCACCAAGAAACCAAUGAUAAGAACUCUAUCAGCCCUGACAUUGUCGACGCCCUGGAGAAGUGGAAUCCAAUGACGGAAGAUUACAUGUCACAGCGUAAUUCUUACAGUAUCGAUGUUGAUGACCCGGGAGUAGCAACAGUGGGUUACAAAACAGAGAGAGUUCAUAAGAUUUGUUCGUUCUACGCCAGAGGGGAUAUUUGCUACCAAGGCGACUCUUGUCAGAAUCUGCACUCCAGAGAUUUAGGGAGCGAGAAAGUAGAUGCCUACUGGACUGACAACCCAAUAUCGCUGCCGGAAGAAGGCAGUUGUGUUGCUAUGCAGGUAACUGCAUACCACAGUGCAUGUCACUUCUGGGCUCAUCUGCCAUAUGGUGCCAAACCUCUGGAAGAUGUAAAGGUGGAGAGGAGUGGGAAUGCAGUGGAGGAUGAGGGCGAGACCCUACAAAGCCUUGUAGAUUCAAUAAAUCAUAUUUAUGGGAAGUCAUCCCAUACUCACAAAACUGACCUGUUGUUAAAAGCAGUUGGAGAAUUGGUAUGUGCUAAACACGCAGAAGAUAACACCUGGUAUCGAGCCAGAGUCACCUCAACUAACGCAGAAGAAAACACAGUGGAGGUGUUUUUCCUUGAUUAUGGAAAUUCAGAAGUUGUGCCCGAGUCGAGCCUACGACCUAUGCUACCACAAUUCCUACACCUUCCUUUCCAAGCAGUUGAGUGUUUUCUGUACAACCUUGAAGUGAAGCAAUUUGAUGGAGAAAUUGAUGAAGCAAGGAAAUGUUUGGAAGAAAUGACGAAAGAUAAAACACUAGUAGCACUGGUGAAAUCAAGUAUGCCGAGUGGAGUACUUCAUGUCGUACUAAUCGACACCUCUGGUCCUGGGGACAUGUACAUUAAUCAAGAACUUCUAGACAAAGGGCUGGUUGUUUCUACACCAGUUGCUACCAACAAACAGCCAAUCAACGAGAAGAAAUCAAAGAAACCGGGUAAAUAUGAUGAUUGUAUGCUGAGCCCUGGAUAAGUCGAGAUACAUAUGGUUUCUUGAGCUGUUAUUUUAUACUUGGGUGCUUUCUUUUUAUAAUGGAAUCAAACCUUGAUUUGUGCUUUUUUAAUGCAGAAUAAGAAGUGUAUUUUAAAUAUCAAAGAUUAUAUUAGAGGAGAAAUGCGGUUUUUUUUUAAAAAUUCAUAUUUUCCUUUAGAAGAUAUACUUUUGUUCUUUUUUACAUUUGUAGUAUAUCUGCCAUCAUCAUCCUUGUAUACAUUUAAGGUUUUAAAAGAAAAUAACUUAAAACCUUUUCCUUCUCACUCUUGUUUUAGAGUCAGACAAUGGUUGCAUGUUGUCACAAUCACAAUUCUAUUUUCUUAAAACUUAAAACACUUGGUAUGUAUUUUAGAAUAUGACUCCAAAUGUUUACUAAUGGUACAACUUUUGUAUUGUCCAUCAAUAUCUUUGAAUAACAAAAUAAUAUAUAUAUCCUCUGUUUCCUUUCCACUUAUGGUUUAAAUAUUGAAUACAAUAUGGUGUUGCCAUUAUCAUAUAUCUUGUGUGCUCAAAAAUACUUAUUGCAUUUAGUAUUUUUGGAGGAACUGUAUUCAAACAUAGGCCUAGGCAUUUAUAUCUUUAAUUUGUUGAAAAGGAAUUAUU